UAUCUCUCACCCACCCUACAGAACAGACUCUCUCUCUCUCUCUCUCUAUGCGCAUAUUUUGUAUUUUAAUAUUUUCACCCAAAAAGUAUUAUUGAGAAUUGCCAAAAAAAGAUCUGAAUUAAAAAAAAAAAAAAACUGAGAAAGAAAAGAAAAUACAGAGAGACAAAUUUAAAACAAAACGAAAGGAGAUCGAGAGAGGAGAGAGGCACACACACACACACAAAGGAGAAUUUUAGGGUUUGGGGAGACUCCGAAGAGAUUGGCGUAACACUUCUGUCUUUGAACGCUUAUCUUCCUCGUCAUGGUGGCUACUUCCGCUACGUCGUCGUUUUUUCAUGUUCCAUCUUCCUCCUCGCUUGAUACUAAUGGGAAGGGGAACAGAGUUGGGUCUACUAAUUUUGCUGGACUUAACUCAACGCCAAGCUCUGGGAGGAUGAAGGUUAAGCCAAACGCUCAGGCUCCACCCAAGAUCAACGGGAAGAAAGCUAACUUGCCUGGUUCUGUAGAGAUCUCAAAGGCUGACAACGAGACUUCGCAGCCCGCACACGCACCCAGGACGUUUAUCAACCAGCUGCCUGACUGGAGCAUGCUUCUUGCUGCCAUAACAACGAUUUUCUUAGCGGCUGAGAAACAGUGGAUGAUGCUUGACUGGAAACCGAGGCGCUCUGACAUGAUUAUGGAUCCUUUUGGUUUAGGGAGAAUCGUUCAGGAGAUGUUUAAGAAGAACUUGAUAUGGGUCGUUGCUCGUAUGCAGGUUGUCGUUGAUAAAUAUCCUACUUGGGGAGAUGUUGUGGAAGUGGAUACUUGGGUUAGUCAGUCAGGAAAGAAUGGUAUGCGUCGUGAUUGGCUAGUUCGGGAUUGCAAUACUGGAGAAAUUGUAACGCGAGCAUCAAGUUUGUGGGUGAUGAUGAAUAAACUCACAAGGAGAUUGUCAAAGAUUCCUGAAGAGGUUCGAGGGGAAAUAGAGCCUUAUUUUGUGAAUUCUGAUCCUGUCAUUGCCGAAGACAGCAGAAAGUUAACAAAACUGGAUGACAAGACUGCCGACUAUGUUCGUUCUGGUCUCACUCCGAGGUGGAGUGACUUGGAUGUUAACCAGCAUGUUAACAAUGUAAAGUACAUCGGGUGGAUACUGGAGAGUGCUCCAGCAGGGAUGCUGGAGAGUCAGAAGCUGAAAAGCAUGACUCUGGAGUAUCGCAGGGAGUGCGGGAGAGACAGUGUGCUUCAGUCUCUCACCGCAGUUUCGGGAUGUGAUGUUGGUAACCUCGGGACAGCCGGGGAAGUGGAGUGUCAGCAUUUGCUCCGACUCCAGGAUGGAGCUGAAGUGGUGAGAGGAAGAACAGAGUGGAGCUCCAAGACAGGAGCAACAACUUGGGACACUACUACAUCGUAAACAUUGGUCCUUUGGUUCCUUUGUAAAACUGUACCUGCUGCUACCUUCUUGCAACCACCACCUUUGUAUAUUUCUUCUUUUUUGUUUUUUAUUUUGCUUCAAUGGAGAUAUAUUAUUAUUUAUUUAAUCUUUCUAUUUUUUUUGUUUUCUUAUGGGAAAUGGGUGUAUUAUGUGAUAUAUUAUUGUAACCCCAUGUGCCAGGGCCAGACAAGGCAAUAACUUUCUUAUCCUAAAAUUUAUUCUACUUUC